GAGGGAGGUCUCUUUCCAGGGCCGCCUGCCUCUUCCCCAGUGUACAGAGUGGAGCACAAAGGACAGAGGGUCAAGUCCCCAGAAAUGUCCCUCGUGGGAUGUAGGAUGCAGGCCCUGCCCUCCCUCUGCCUCUCGGUGCUGCUCCUGGCCUGCCUUGUAGCAUCCAUGACUACAGAAAGCCUGAUACCCACCCCUGCCCCCGAGAACAGCCGCUGGGACCUGGUCAGGACCAGGGUGAUGGAGAUAGUGAAGCCACUGGUGACCAGGACCAGGGACAGAUGGCAGUGGUUCUGGGGCCCUAGGGCUGUCCAGGGCUUUGUGCAGACCUACUAUGAAGACCAUUUAAAAGACCUGGGUCCCCGCACUCAGGCCUGGCUGCAAAGCUCCAGAGACCACCUCCUGAACAAGACCCUCAGCCUGUGUCCCCAGCUGCUCUGCAGAGACCAGACUCAGGGUUAAAGUGCCACACACCUCCCCCCUCCCCCCCCCUCCCCCUCUACCCCCCAUCCCCCCACCCCCAAUAAAGCUGUUUGUUCCUACUCUGU